AUGCACGCGACGCAGCGAAGCGCAAGUGAUGGGUUUUCCGCCGGAUCUGCAUUCGCCGGGAGCAGCCAGAAGCGACGCCAGGUCACCUGUCAAUGUGGACAGCGUGUGUGUGCGGCGUUCUACGAAGCCAAGACGCGAGCCAAGAUAUUUCUGGUGGGCAGGUGUAGCGCUCGGCGCUGGGCAGGGUGGACUGGCGAUGCUGCCGACGGGCGACGGGCGAUCGCGGGCACCGGGGGGGGGCCACACCAGGUCCAGGACCCAGGGCCGCAAGGUGCCAGGGACGGAUCACCUGGUAUUACUGGGUUCCGUGUCAUGCUGCCUCCACUUCGAGCUUCGCAGCGUUAUGCCAGGGGAAGCGCAGAGGACAACGUUAACGGGGACGAGAUGUCCGGAUCAAACCUAAUCCUUGUCUCCUCGUUGGACAAAGGAGAGCAGGGCUGUCGAGCACUCUUCAACCGAAGCUCGAAAGGUCCAGGCGGACCUGGGUCUGGGGCCACAGACAUUGCUCAGGGUCUCCCACAUCACGGCGUUGGCGGCGACGGAAGUACGCAUCUAGCGACAUGUCAGGGCGCCUCUGCUGCAGACAUGCAGGGGAGCAAACACCAAGACACCCGCGAGAUCAAGCUUCGAACUGCGAUCAUGCGAUCAGGCAUGUUACCCUCUUACUCGGGAUAG